CGUUUCCUUCAUUUUGAAACGGCGACUUCUCAAAUAUCACUCCCACCCAAGACGCCAAUAGCCAAAUCCCGUCAUCAGCUUCGUCGACGAGACGACGACAGAGUCAUCGGCCGCCUGUCGACGCCCUUCCGCCUCACUGCCUUUCGACGCCCUUCUGCCUCACCGCCGGUCUUCACGUCACGAGCUUUGUUUUGCUGGAAACGACUCGACAGUCGACUGUGUUUCAUGGAUAUUGGACCGUGACUUUACUGUUCACAUCCCCUCUCUAAAAUCGACCGACAACACCGAGGAUUACUAGUUUAGCAAUCAUCUUAUACAACCCACUUCAUGUUCUUCUAUGCCAAGAGCAACAGUGAAACAAAUCUCUAUUCUUCAAUCUCAUGCCUCAUUUUCCCUCCAAUUCACCACCAAUGCACCCAAAAACAUCAAUAUUAUCAUUUCCAAAGUUCAAUCUGGAGCAACUUAUGAUGAGAUUUUCCAGUCUCUCAUGCAUGAUCAAGCAUGUAGCACCAUACCCAUCUCUGACACCCUUCUUUCUCACCUUCUACACCGAUUCAAAGACGAUUGGAAGUCAGCAUUGGGAGUAUUCAAAUGGGCAGAAUCCAUUAAAGAUCACACACCAUUACCAAAAUCAUACGAGAUACUCCUCGACAUAUUAGGAAAAACAAAACAGAUAGAAAAGAUGAUGUCACUAGUCAACCAAAUACAUCAUCAUCAUCAUCAUCAUCAUCAUGUUACACUUGGUAGUAUCACCAAGGUUAUGAGAAGGCUUUGUGGGGUAGGAAAAUGGCAAGAAGCUGUAAAGAUUUUUGAUGACUUACACACAUUUGGGUUAGAAAAGAACACUGAAUCCAUGAAUCUUUUACUUGACACUUUGUGCAAAGAGAAUAAAGUAGAACAAGCUCGCAAGAUUUUCUUGGAGCUAAAAUCAUGCAUCCCACCUACUCCUCAUACUUUUAACAUAUUCAUACAUGGUUGGUGUAAAGUUAAAAGGGUUGAUGAAGCACAUUGGACAAUUCAAGAAAUGAAAGGGUACGGAUUUAGUCCCUCUGUUAUCACAUACUCAACAAUCAUCAAGUCAUAUUGUCAAGAUUCUGAAUUCGUUAAAGUCUAUGAGUUACUCGACGAGAUGAAAGUACAUAAUUGCCCUCCUAAUGUUGUAACAUUCACUAUAAUCAUGUGUUACUUGACAAAAUUUGGGGAAUUUGAGGAAGCAUUGGGAAUACCUGAAAAAAUGAAAUCUUUUGGAUGUGAACCCGAUACGCUUUUUUACAAUUCCUUGAUUCAUACUUUAGCAAAAUCCGGGAAAAUUCAAGAGGCGAUUUAUGUGUUUGAAGUUGAAAUGGCGAGAUUUAAGGUUUCUAGAAAUACAUCAACUUUUAAUACGAUGAUUGCAAUGUUUUGUCAUCAUGGGAAAGAUGAGGAAGCGAUGAAUGUGGUCAAGAAUAUGGGAAAUUUGGGUGAUUGUAAACCGGAUAUUCAGUCGUUUAAUCCUUUAUUGAAGAUGUGGUUAAGAACAAGAAAGGUGGAUUUAUGGUUGAGUGAUUUGUUGGAUGAAAUGGUUAAUAAGUAUAAUCUUAGUCUUGAUUUGUGUACGUAUAGUCUUCUGAUUCAUGGAUUAUGUAGAGUUAAUGAAUGUGAGUGGGCGUAUGGAUUAUUUAAGGAGAUGAUAGGUAAAGAUAUUAAACCGAGAUAUUAUACGUGUGCUUUACUUUUGGAGGAAAUUAAACAGAUGAAGAAUUAUGAUGCUGCUGAUUUUAUCGAAGGAUAUAUGAAGCGUAUGAAAUCAUCUUGAGCACCAAAUCUUGAUCCACAUGUUGCACUUUUGUUGUUUUUGUUAAGGAAUUUAUUCACCAUUUUCAUUUGACAAUAAUUUUGUUACCAAUCCAUCUUUAAUGUUUUAUCAUAUGGAAAUCUCAUAAGUAUAUGACAUUAUUUGCAAUUAUGUAUCAAGCAAUAAGCUUUAAUAA